CAUCAAGGGGGCGGCAGCCAUUUUCUUGACUAUCUGUCGCAUAAGAUUUCAGUUCCGCAUGUAAAGUUUGUGCAAGUUUCUUUUACCGGUCAACCUGGGCAAAGCUUAAGAAAGGAGGGAGAAAAAGGAGGAAAAGGAGGAGAGACGCUGAAAGAAAGACUUAAAACAUGGGAUGCAUUGUGGGCCGGAGACUCGGCCCUGACGAUACUGGGUACCCUGGAUCAGGAUUCAUGGCGGCCAUAAGGAAGAAACUAGUGAUCGUGGGAGACGGUGCCUGUGGUAAAACUUGUCUCCUGAUCGUAUUUAGCAAAGAUCAAUUCCCCGAGGUCUACGUACCUACUGUAUUCGAAAAUUAUGUCGCUGAUAUAGAAGUCGAUAGCAAACAGGUUGAACUAGCCCUUUGGGACACGGCUGGUCAGGAGGACUACGACAGGCUGCGUCCAUUGUCUUAUCCGGACACAGACGUUAUUCUGAUGUGUUUCUCCAUUGAUAGUCCCGAUUCCUUGGAGAACAUUCCUGAAAAAUGGACACCGGAGGUAAAACACUUUUGCCCAAACGUGCCAAUAAUAUUGGUCGGUAACAAAAAGGAUCUUCGCAAUGAUCCUGGUACAAUCAAAGAACUUGGAAAAAUGAAGCAAGAGCCAGUUAAACCUGAAGAAGGUCGUGCGAUGGCUGAAAAAAUUAGCGCUUUUGCUUACCUAGAAUGUUCUGCAAAAAGUAAGGAAGGAGUGCGAGAAGUUUUCGAAACGGCGACUAGAGCUGCGUUGCAGGUUAAGAAGAAGAAGAAGGGAAGGUGUAGGCUUCUUUAAGAAGUAAUCCUGGCUGGGUCUAAUUUUCUGAAGGAAGUAUGGCGUUACUAACGAAGUUUCGUCUAUGCUCAUCUUACGUAAUCGGCCCUCGUAAAAACAAACCCAUAACAUAAUAAUAUCUUACCUUUAAUUAAUUAUUUUACAUAACAAACAUAGGACAACGUCUAACGCGCUACCUGCCCGUUCUACGACACAAGAAUCCCGAAGAAGUAAAAGAGGAAAAAAAAACAUUAAAAGUACAUGAAAACGAGUAACCAACAAACAAAAUAAAUAAAUAAAAAAGAAAGAAAAAGAGACGUGCAAAAUUUACUACUACCAGAGUAUACAGAGAAUGAAUAAUAUGAAGUGAGAAAGAGCAAAAGCAAGAGAGCUAGAGAACGUGCACUCUGGAAAGAAAGAUAAUUUUGAAAAAAAAAAACCUACAAAAAACACAAAAAAAUAUAUAUACAUAUAUAUAAAAAUCACAAAAAUCGUUUGAAGGAAUACGAACAAACGAAGCAUUGGAGAUUAAACAACCGUAACACAAUGAACAACAAUAGAUACACACAGAUAACAGAACACUUCGUAACAAAUGUAAGAAAAAAAAAAAAUAAUGUAUUCUUCAAAGUUAACGAAUUGUGCUUCACGUUCGAGCGAUUAAAAAUUAUCAUAAAAUGAAUUUUUAAUUACUUUACAUAAUUAUUAUGUUUAUUACAACACUAUAAUAAUAAUAAUAAUUCUUAUCGCUAUUACUUUUUAAUCUAAUUAUUAAUAUUAUUAUUCUUAAAUCUUAAUUAUUGAUUAUUGAUUAUUAUUAUUAUUAUUAUUAUUACAAUCAUCAUUACGCGUUCUCUACAUUUAUUUUUUAUUCGUAUGGAGUCAUUAUCCUUGUAUACAUAUAAAUAUCCUUUUUGAGCAUUAAGGUACGAUAUGCGAUCAGAAUUUAUCCGGGAAAAAAGAAACAGCCAUAAAAAUUCUAGGGGUGGGCGUUAAAAUUUGGAGGGUGACGAGAUUUUUCGUUACCAUUACACUUACGAUCACAUUUAUUAUUUACGAAAAGAGUUUUAGUGAAAGCGGAAUAAAAAUGAAUAAAAAAUCUUUUGAAAAAUAGAUUUUAAAAUUCAACUUGUUACGCGAUCGUUGCCUCACGUACACAUACAUAUAUAUCUUUACAUGAAUAUAUAUUUUUCUUUUCUUUUCGAUUCGCCAUCUGCUGAAUUUGGUAGAGGGAGUCUAAAAAAAAGAGAAAAAAAAUCAAAAUUUGUCUGUACAGGUAUAUAUGAAUACUGUAAUAUGAAUACCGCAACUACACUUUGCGUACAAUUUGCGUGGCGAUUAUUAUUCGGUUGUUUUUAAUAAAAAUAAAAUAAAAAUAAAUAAAAAUACAAAUAAACAAAUAAACGAAAGAUUUGUAUCAUUAUUAUAAUACAUGCAUAGAUAGGUAGGUAUAGAUUAUACCGAACGUGAAGGUCUUUUCACCAUGCUUGAGAAUGAUCACCUUUUUUUUUUCUUUUUAUCGUUUCGUUUUGUUCGUUUGCUUUCGAUCGAAGCUUUUUUUUAUUUCGAAAGGGACUAAACAUUACAACUAUACCAUACGUUGUUAACAGAAUUAUUUUGAAAUAAAUUCUACGAUCAUUGAAUUUUUUCACUAUUAUUAAUCAGUUUCUGUUCACAUGGAAUUCUCUUGUUUUCUCACGUAUACGAACGGGAUUUAAAUAUUUCAAUUCAAUAUCCAAAUUCAAUUUUAUGGAUAUUGAAAAAAAAAAACGUAGAUAUACACGUGUCAUCGGCUUAAAAAAAUGCAAGAGUCAGACUGCAGGCUUUAAUAUAAUUGAAGCACAAGUUGGGAAUCUGCAAAUAUUCUUAUUCCAAUCUUGAAGAUCUUCUUUGGAAAAGUCAAACAAAAAUCAUAUUGAGAAAAAAAAAAAGAUUUGUCUAUAAUCAGAAAAUAUCUACGAAAAUGGGUGUAAAUAAUAUCCCCGCGCUUUAGAUGCGCGGCGCUUUUCUAUCUCCUAUACUAUUAAUACUACAUUAUACAUAAAAAUACAUACAUACCUAUAUAUAUUAUGCAUUGGUACCUAUACAAUACAUACACACAUUACAAAAUACAUACUAUAUUUGACACAGAUUUUAUAUCGCGAAAACGGAACAGGAACUAAUACACCUGUUGCGGCUAUUAUUAUUAUUAUUAUUAUUAUUAUUAUUAUUAUUAUUAUUAUUAUUAUUAUUACUAUUAUUAAAGUUAUUAUUAUUAUUACUACUACCUGAAAUAAAGUGAAAAUGUUCAGUAUUUUUUCAACCGUUAGCCAAAUUUAUCGCAUAAAAUGAUAGAUCGUAGUAACGAGUGGUAUUCAAUGAUUAAUUGAAUCUAAUUGAAGCGAUAAAAAAUUGAAGAAAGAAAAAAGAAAAAUGAGCAAGUAAAAUUUUGGAAGAAAAAAAUUAGGAAACGGAAGAAAAAGUAUUGUUGAGAAUAAGGGGGAUAUGAAGUGUAAGUUUUGGAUAGCGUGUUUGAAAUAACACGUCGAUUGAAUUCUGAUAAUUCGUUGAUUAUUCUUCUUCUUCUUCUUCAAUUAAUUUUUUUUUUUGUUGAAAAAUUUGUUUUGGAGUGAUUAGAUAAAAAAAAGAAAGCAAGAAAGAAUUAAAUAGAAAAGAAAAAUAAUAAAUACGUGGAUUGAAGAAAAUAUAAUUGUAUAUUUGAAGAAGAAAAAGAAAAGAGAAAAAAAAAGCAACAGGAAACCAAUAACAUCUUGUAAUAUUACAUAAUAUUUAUCUAAACAUCUCUGCCUUUUACAUAUUAUACUAUACUAUAUUAAAAAGUUAAGGAAAAAAAAAUUAUUAGUGAAAGAAAACAAGAUGAACAGAAAAAACAAGAUGAAAGAAAGCGAUACAAAAAUUAAAAUAUGAGGUGGUGAUGAUUAUUAUUGAGGUAAAACUCUGAGUGGAAUAUAAAUAAUUGUUGUGUCAAUAGCUGGUAUGUAACGUAUAUAAGCAGCACGUAGAAUUGUCUACAUAACUGUGAAUUUUGCUACCACGUAACUGUUGCCUAUAUGAAAUUAUACCUACUAUAGCUACGAUGUAAACUGAUAUACCAACUAUUUUGAAACGUCGUCUUAUAUCUGCCUAUAAAGUAUGACAAAAUUCUUGAAAAAAUUAUCUUUCUGAUUA